GCGUUCCAAACACGUGUCUGAACCAGGACCAGCACCCGUGUCUCGUAGAUAGCUGGUACUGUUGUGUUUACAUGAUUGUAUAGAAAAGAAAAAGAAUCGGAACCAACAAUUUGACGACACACACAUUCCAUUUAAGAAAUGGGAGGUCUUCAGAAAAAGAAAUAUGAGAGGGGGUCCGCUACCAACUACAUCACCAGAAACAAAGCUCGCAAGAAGCUUCAACUGAGUUUAGCAGAUUUCAGACGGCUGUGUAUCCUGAAAGGCAUUUAUCCACACGAGCCCAAACACAAGAAGAAGGUGAACAAGGGCUCCACAGCUCCGAGGACGUUCUACCUGCUCAAAGACAUCCGCUUCCUCCUGCAUGAACCCAUCGUAGGAAAGUUCAGGGAGUACAAGGUGUUUGUGCGUAAGCUAAGGAAGGCUUACGGAAAGUCAGAAUGGACAGGGGUGGAGAGACUGAGGGACAACAAACCAGGAUAUAAACUGGACCACAUCAUCAAGGAGAGGUACCCAACGUUCAUCGAUGCUGUCCGUGACAUCGACGACGCCCUCUCCAUGUGCUUCCUGUUCUCCACGUUUGCCCGCACAGGGAAGUGCCACGUCCAGACCAUUACGCUGUGCCGGCGCCUCAGUGUGGAGUGGAUGAACUUCGUCAUCACGUCUCGCUCCCUCAGAAAGGUGUUCCUCUCCAUAAAGGGGAUCUACUUUCAAGCGGAGGUUCUUGGACAGACCGUCACAUGGCUGGUCCCUUACCAGUUUGCUCAUGAUCAUCCCACAGAUGUGGAUUACAGAGUCAUGGCCACGUUCACAGAGAUGUAUACAACCCUUCUGGGGUUCAUCAACUUCCGCCUCUACCAGACCCUCAACCUGGUCUACCCACCCAAGAUGGACACAAAAGCAGAGGCAGACCUGAAGGCAGAGUAUGAGGAAGACUACGCCAUGGACUCUGAGAGCUACCUGGAGAAACUGUCGGCCCUGAGCGCCAGCCUGGCGCGGGUGGUGGCCACCACCGAGGAGGAGGAGGGGCAGAUGGACCAGUUCCCUGCAGACGGGGAGGACAUAGAGAACAUGGAGGCCAAAGAGAAGGAACAGAACGAGCAGGAGGCCCAGAAGAGGAUCUUCGAAGGUCUGAAGUUCUUCGUCAACAGAGAGGUGCCCAGAGAGUCCCUGGCAUUCGUCCUGAGGUGUUUCGGUGGCCAGGUGUCCUGGGACAAGUCACAAUGUAUCGGAGCCACAUACGACAUGACGGAUGAGACCAUCACCCACCAAAUAGUGGACAGACCCAACAUGGAUAAACAGUACAUCAACAGGUACUACAUCCAGCCGCAGUGGGUGUUUGACUGUGUCAACGCCAAGAUCCUGCUGCCGGUGGAGGACUACUUUCUGGGCGUGACCCUGCCCCCUCACCUAUCGCCCUUCGUGGAGGAGAAGGAUGGGGACUACGUGCCUCCGGAGAAGCUGAAGCUGAUGGCCCUGCAGCGCGGAGAGAAGCCUGGUGAGAGGCAAGAAGAGGAGGAGGAGGAGGAGGAAGACGACGAUGAUGAUGAUGAUGAUGAUGACGAGGAGGAGGAGGAAGAAGAGGAGGAUGAGGAGGUGGCAGAUGAGAAGAACCUGAAGGAGAUGGAGAACAGGAGAUCCCAGGUCAAGGCCCUCCCCGUGAAGGUGACUCCAGGCAGGAUGAAGGCAGAGAACCGCGCGCGUCUGGACCAGGAGGAGAAGGCCGAGGAGAAACGUCUGGCCAUCAUGAUGAUGAAGAAGAAGGAGAAGCACCUCUACGACAAGAUCAUGUUCGGCAAGAAGAGGACAGUCCGCGAGGCAAACAAGCUGGCGGCCAAGAGAAAAGCCCACGACGAGGCCAGCAAGCCGGACAAGAAGAAGAAAAAGGCCAAGAAACAAUAGGAGAGAGCGUCGACCACAUAAAGGACUCGUAUUGUAUUUGUAUGUGACUUGCAUACAUCAGCUGUUGAAAUCUCAUGAAACUCAUGAGUUUGUUCUCAUGCAGAGAGUCCCACGAGGGGGAAUGUGUGUUUGUCCUGGUUUGAGUGUCGUGUUUCGAGAGAGUCGUCCCAGUGAGGAGAAUGUGCGGAAGCCUUGUUUGUGUGAGAAAUGACUGUUGGCACGCAGUUUUCCCUCAAGAUUUUUCAACGUUUCCAGCCAUUUUAAUCUGUUGUAACACAUUAAAAUGGAGAGUCGGA